CCUCCAUUAUUCUAUAGACUUUUGAACGUAAACGCGCCUUUCAGUGUAGUUAGUAGAAAUAACCCGUUGGUUUUUAUAGUUGUUCUUUUACCUUCAAGAAUAAACUUUUGUUCGGAACAUGGAUGACAUUUUAAAGGAACAACUUUCCAAAAAUGCCUUUAACUACAAAAUGACACUGAUCGAGUCAUAGACACGUACUCAAAGCUUCAAUACUGCGACGGGGGGAUGGAGGUGGACCUGGAAAAUACAAAAUACACAACACUUCGACGCUACAUGAAGAAGUCUAAAGCAGAGCUGAACAUGUUGGAGUCAAAGAGCCUGGCAGAGUUGAGGGAUGAAUCAAUGAGAGCACUGGACAUUAGAACAGACUCUCAGCUGGACUUCACGCAUCAAAACAGUGGAGCUGAUGAGACCUGCUUUUCUAAAGUUUCUGGAGUUUCCAGUCUUCAUAUUUCUGUGGAGGACGACGGUGAGGUUUCUACAGCGGGGAUGUGUAGAAGUGACACGACUCAGCUGACUGUGAGCUCAUUGGACGAGAGUCAGAGGACCGUCUGUGAGGCGGCGGAUCAGCAGCCGGAGGACGAGGACGAGCAGCUGGAGAUGACCCUGAGGAGAAACGGCAGCCUGAUCGAGCUCUACCCCAGCAUGAUCAACCAGAUAGGGAGUGCUUGGCGCCGGCAGCACGUCUCUGAGGCGGCGGACUCUGUGCUGAGGAGGUACCGCAGGUGGAGGAGUCGGUCGAACAGAAGCGUGCAUCUCGACAACACGUUCACUGUCAAUAAGAAACACAAGAACAACACAGAGAGAAGGAGGAGCAGCAAGGAGAACUGUGGGAGCCCGGUGAAGAGGCACUUCAUGGAUACAGAACAUUCACUUCGCAAUUCUCUGCAGAUGAACCGGAGUGGCAGGCACAGCAGCAGCAGUCACCUGGGAGGGGGAGGAGCUUACUGCUUUAAUAAAAAAGAGACUUCUCUGAACCAGACCUUCACUGUGUCUCUUGAUGAAUCCCGGAGUGGAGAGCCGCUCUCAGCAUAUCCCGCCAGUCCUUCCAAACUUUCUUUUCCUUCCCCAAAAGCCCCCUCAGAUUUCUCCCUCAGGUCCAAAAGGCUCUCCAACGCUGCUCAUCAGCUGCAGACUGACGGGUACCUCUUGUAUGCAUCACAAAGCACAGCUGCUAAAGAGAGGCCGGACAUUUAUGGCUCUCCAGUCAGGCAGAGUCCGUUGAAAUCCCGGAUGAUGAGCAGCCUCAGUGGAUCUCCGAGUGCCUUCUGCAGGAGCCCGAGAGCUGUUUCUGUGGAGAGCUGUCCUAGAGAGCUGAUGAGGCCCAGACCAGUGUUUACCUCUCUGUCCUCCCCUCAACAUAGAGCAGCUCUGCCACCCAGGAUGUUCUGCUCUCAGGACUCUGGUCCUUCCUUCCAGGCACAGCCGGCGUCACCUCGCUCGGCCUCAGCAGAGUCUCGGCGCCACCUUUCCUUCGACUCCUUCCCGCCGCCCGCCCAAAACCCGAAGAAGCUGGACGAGGUCUUUAUAAAACUGUACCACAAGUUUGUCUGCCAAAAUCAAUCCUCUUUCUUCAAAGGGCCGCCCUGUAGGUUCUGCGCUCGCAGCUCUGAGGGGAGCAGAUGCCACUCCUCCUUGGCCCUCGCCGCCCUCGCUCUGUCGCCGCACCGCUCUGUCCUGAGGAAACGCCACAGGGAGUUGAACUGGGACAGCUUCCCGCAGUCCAAACGUCUGAGGGACGAGUACUGCCCGUCCUCCCCCGGGUCCAAACGACACAGGACAGAGUUGCUGAGGCGCCGUUUCUCCACGUUUGAAUCCGAGCAGCGUCAUGACGGCCGCACUUACAGUCCCGGUAAACACAGCCAGCAGCGACCAGCCGAGCAUCAUCAUCAGGAAGAAGGCUGGAUGAGUCACAGCCGUCGCCCGUCUGCAGCUGAGUUCUCAGGAUACGGAAGUUCAUUUGAGAGGAAUGCUGCCAGUGGCUCCCCCAGAAAAUGGUGGUGAUCAAGAGAGGAUCUAAUCCAAGUGGAAAACAAAGAUGGGCGUGUUGUGUUGCUGAGGCGCGUCACUGGUAACAUUUAUCUCCCUCAGCUGGUGUAGAGUGAGCUCAGGAAACUGUUCGUACACAUCUGUCCCUUCUAACUGUUCCUGUGUGACUGAUGGUUAAGUGAGCUUUGUUUCCACUCGUUGUAAUUCAUGUUAUUGUCUCCUAACACAUUUGACUGUUCAUGCUGUGGUGUUAAAUACAGCUUCAUGUUUCUUUUUUUAUAUUAAUUCAAAAUAAAUAUUAAGUAUUCAAAUGAA